AUGAUAAGCUUUCCUAAAUUCGCAUCAUAUACCACAGCCUUAUUGCUUCUGUUGAGUAAUGCAGACGCAAUUCGUUUAGCUCAACAGCCCCAUGAGAAGAUUACCACUUCUGAAGAAGCACGGCCCUGGUAUAGGACUAUCUACUCUACGGAAGUAGAACUAGUUACACCAACAGUUAUUGGUGGUGUCACCUUUAGUGCAAAACCCCCACAAUCAUCGGAAUCAUUGGCUCCUUGGGUGUCUUUAAACAAGGAAGGUGAACCAAAAAUUAUUAGACCUGAAUUGAAAAAUGGUAGAAUUAAAAAAGGACUACCUGAUUAUAAGACCUAUUUCCAAACUUUAUCUAUAAAAACACUUGGUUAUGAUGAAUUAAAAGCUAAAAACAUGGAUCCUAAUGAUGUAUUUGAAGAGGAAGUUUGGAUAGAGGAAGAUCCUACGUAUGUCAGUUUAAAUCCUAUUAUUAGAUGUACGCCGGACAGAUUCUUUCAUAAGGGUUUGGCAAGAGAAAUAAUUAGUGACCCAUUCUGCACACCACGUGAAAAUGUUGAAUGGGAAAUUGGUAAAACUUAUUUCAUUACUUGGUAUACCCACUCUUUAAUAGAUGAAUCGACUGAUAUAGUGUCUCCACAGGCUCGUAUUCAUCUUUCUUAUGUUAAAGAAUCUCCAAAGGAUGUUCGUUAUAGAAAGAGAGAUGGUUCAAUCCCAACUGCAACUUUUUUCAUGUCGAAAUGGGUUGAUAAUGUGGAUGGUGUAAUGCCAAUGGAAUUAAAAGAAGAUUGGUUACAAGGUCGUUAUGAAAGAUUGAUUAUGGUUUCUGUUCAGCCUUCUCACAUUGCAGAUGAAGAUUUCGAUCCAAUGGACAAUGGGGUUAUGAUUAGAAUGCGUCUUGGCGCUAGGGUUGUUAAGCAAGACAGAGAUGCCAUUGCUAUGAGGGAUGCAGGGAUGACUGGUGAAAAAUGGUAUUAUGUAUUAAUGGCUAUUCCUACUGCAGUAGUAGUUGCAUUGUUUGGGAUGUAUUUUUUCUUACAUUUGAACAGAGGUACAAGAGAUAUUUCUGGUAUCACUCAAAGAGAAAUUGGUAAAAAAAGAAAAGUCUUGGGGAGUUUAAAAGACAUGAAAUACGGUCAACAACACAACCAUUUGUAUUCAGAAUUACCUGUCUAUAAUAAGGGUCCAAAACAUUCUUAA